AUGCAUCGUGUCACCCUCGUGAUCUGCGGCGACAUGUUCCCGACUCACUGGGUCAUGGCAAUCAUCGCCUGGCCUCGGCUCAGUCUCACUCUCCUCUCAGUGUCGUUCCCCAAAGUCUCACUUUCAUUUAGUGAGCUUUCCUACGAGCUCGAAACUCACUUUCGGCCCGUUUCCUCGCAGCUGCCCCGUCAAUACCUUAAUGUGCCCACGCUCCUCCCCUGCUCACCUCUCCACGUUGGAUCCGCAGCUUCUCGUACUGGCUGCUCUCAUUCGCUGCGCAUUCACCACUUCAUCUCCAACGCUAUUUCUCUCGCUGCUACUCUGUACAAGAUUUCCACCUUCAUCGUCAGCUGCGACAUGAAAGUUUUUGGCAUAAUCAAAAUUGACACAUUCGCUCAAAUGAAAUUACUAGCAAACCACUCAAAAGUGUUUGCUGCAAGCAUAAUCCGUCACCAGAUCGCCGAAUCGCAAAAAGACGUCAGUGGCUUUAUUCGGAAUUCACCGACCAUCUUUCAUUCGGCCGCCCUCACACCAUCUCGACGCUCGCCGUCUCCGCGUCUCCACCCCUCAACCGGCGCCCGUUAUUGCCCGCGCCUAUGCGGUAUACUCGCCGCCAUGAACUUGACUGUACUCGAACGGGUACAGUACUCUGCUAUGUGGACUUUUCUGCAUUCAAUACCUACCAAGUAUCCUGCGGCGUGCCUGUCCAUCCCGUCGGUUCGGGUGACAGCUGCCAUUACAGCACUGACUUCCGUACGAAAGUCUCGUAAGAUCACGACUACUGUCGACAAUGACUCUCAUCCCAGCCCAACGUCUCCAUCCGGCCCGAUGCCUGUCAAGUCUUUCGCCCACAUUCCCGCUACCUCUCUCGGCGCUUCUUCGUUGUCUUUGCCCCGGGCUCCAUCCCGGCUUCGGCCAACAAUCCUGGCGCAAAACGCCGCAAACCCACGACGACUUCACUUGAGCCGCCCAUGCUCCUACGCCCUUAACGCCUCCUCGCAAUCGAUUUACAGACGUCCCAACGACCUAAUGCACAGCACAGCGCGCCGCAACGUUGGCAGGCCGCUUGGCAGCGAGAAUGGGCUCCGUCUCGGACCUGAGACGCCUCAUUUGCGGGCGCUCGCGCAGUUCUCGCUUGCGAAUAUACCAGUAGUCCCACCAAAGGCCCGAUAUCUCCAGAAACGCGGGGUUCUUUCUCUCCGCCAGCGCGCCUUUGCUGGAGAAUCCUCGCGUAUCGAACUAUCAAUGGCUAUCCCUAGCUCGCCCGCAAUGGAGCGCCGACGCCUCCUCGGUUUGACGGGGCUUUCCCGCUCGAAACACCAUACAAAUUUGAAAUGGCUCCAACGCCUCCCGGGAAAUGCGGCAACAGAGAAGAAUGCAUUCACGGGUAUGGACCAACAGCAGAGCCGCUGCCGCUACUGCUCUUCCAAUGAAGAGGAUCGUCACCGUGGCGGCUACGCGGCCUCGAAUGAUGGCCGGUAUCGCUAUGCUCACAUGAUCAACUCGAGGGGCUACAGGCUGGCCAGGCACCGGCCUCAGCGUUCCCGGGACUUUGGCCUGCUGCGGGCGGUGAGGCCAGACCGGUCUCUUUCCGGGGAAGCACCGCGGGGGCCGAUGGGUCGUCCCCGUGUCUCUGACGGCCCAGUGGCUACAGAAACGGCGGGCUGGACAACGCGGAGUCUGGAGAAGCCUGCUUACUCCAGAAUCCAGAAUGUAACCAGCUCCCACGCGUGCCACGCGCGGACCUGUAGGGAACCCGAGCUGGAGCCUCCAUCGGUCAAAAGCCACGCUGUAAUCAGGGGCCUCGAAUAUUUGGUUCAAUUUGAUGCCAGAUUUGAGGAUAGAGCUGAUCGCUGGGGAAAAAUAAGGUCGAAUGCUCAAAAUCUCGUUGUUCUUGAUAAAGUCAUCAAAACGAGUCACGGCUCUCAGUUGAGGAGAAAGCAAGCUGCCAGAGGAACGAACACAAGCUGUGUAAAGAGUGUCUCAAUGUGGCAUUAUCAAGCUCUCCAACUGAUUUAUUCCCCGUCACGGAACCGGACGAGAAUGAUCAGGCACGACUAA